AUGAGGCGCGUCUUUCUGAACAUAUUUCCUGCCCUUCUGGCGACUGACAGAGUUCUAGGAAGCCAAAAAAUAGAAGAACAAAUGGAUAGAGAGUCAGAGGUGGUAUGGGCUGUUGUAUCUCUGGUUGUAGCCACUGCUGUUGUAUUACCUCUGCUCUAUCGCCUAAGAUUACCCUUCAAGGGACUAAAAGUUCCUCCAGGAUCACUUGGGGCAGCUUGUUUCCGCCAACGUGGAUUGCCAAUAGUUGAAAAACUUCUUGGAGAGUCUUUCUUUGGCUACCAAAAUCAUAAACUGCAUCAUAGAUUAAGGAAGCUUAUGCAUCGCCCACUUCUCCCAGAGACCCUUCCUUCUUCUAUUCCUCUUAUUGAGGAGCUGGCGCUAAUGGUGAUGCAGACAUGGGAAGGAAGAUCUAUAAACGCUUUAGACGAGGCAAAGCAACUCGUUGCCAAUCAACAUACCCGGAACAAAUUACCACAAGGCUCUAAAGGUACUGAAAACGAAAGACGCACUGAACAGCCUCAGGUUUGUAUUCAGGACAGCAGGAAAAAGGCCUGUGCACUUAUAGAUAAGAUUAUAAGCUGGCGAAGGCUGGAAAGGCGGCCCCAGAGUGACAUUCUUGGGAUACUGAUGGAUGUUGAGGAUGAAGAUGGCACAAAGCUCAGUUCCAAAGAUAUUCAUGACAACAUUUUAACUUUACUUUUUGCUGGGCAUGAUACUGUUGCUGCAGCAUUGACCUGGACGCUGAAAAAUUUAAUGGACCACCCAAAGCUUUUGGAGGAUGUUACUGUCGUCAAAGAGACUCUGCGAGUCGCAAAUUUGACUGAUUUCUCCUACAGAGAAAUCGUUGAAGAUGUUGAAUAUGGAGGUCUAACUGAAUACUAUCCAUCCACAAACAUCACAUUUACCAGAUUCUGUUUGUCUUUCCCAGGUUUCAUAUUUCCCAAGGGCUGGCGGCUUCUAGUUGCACACUGGGUGUUUCACCUCAGCCCUGAAUACCAUCCAAACCCAGAAGAGUUUGAUACUUCUAGGUUCAAGGUGGCACCAAAACCGUACACAUUUACGCCAUUUGGAAACGGUGCACACGUCUGCAUGGGACGAGAACUCGCAAAUCUUGAGCUUCUCGUGUUCGUGCAUCACUUUACCCUGAGAUAUAGGUGUGAACAUUGUGGAGCUCCUGAUGGAUCAGAUUUUGCACCCAUACAUAUACCAAAAGCUGGCCUGCCCAUUAACGUUAGGCGCAGUCCUGACCCUUUGACAUUCAAGAAGGUUGUAGGUUUGUUUAUGAAUGCAUUAGCAUAG